CACCUCUCCCCCCUCUGAUGCGCACCAGAAUCCAGAUCCAGUGCAGGACAUACCCACUAUCACUUGCAGCGUUUGUUGAUUCUGCGACCACUUCAGUGACUAAACCAGAGUCCAAGACCAAAACCAGGGUGUCCAGAUGCGGGACGAGGAUUCCUCCCCCAUGGACAGCGCUGGGAACAGCGAGGAGGAGAGCGAGCGGCUGCUGCCGCGGAGAGGCGCGAGAAAGAGGCGGACGACCCGGAGGAGCGCGGGCGACGGAGGGGAGGAGGGUCGCGUGGAGAGCUCAAGCCCGGGCAAGAAGAAAGGCAGAAAGGUCUGCGACGACGGGGGCGGAAGCGCUGGAAGCGGCGGCAGCGAGGCCAGCAGCAGCCCCGCGCGCUCCUUCGACGACCUGCAGACGCAGCGCGUCAUGGCCAACAUCCGCGAGCGCCAACGGACACAGUCCCUCAACGAGGCGUUCACGUCCUUACGUAAGAUCAUCCCCACCCUUCCGUCGGACAAACUCAGCAAGAUCCAGACUCUGAAGCUGGCGGCGCGGUACAUCGACUUCCUGUGCCAGGUUCUGCAGAGCGACGAGCUGGACGCGCGAGGGGCCAGCUGCGGCUACGUGGCGCACGAGCGCCUGAGCUACGCCUUCUCAGUUUGGAGGAUGGGGGGCGCGUGGACAUUGUCUACUACGUCCCACUAGCUGC